AUGAAAUCUUCAAGAGCAGCCCAGCGCUACCGAAGCAUCAGGAGAAAUGCUAGCCAGCGCUACCUCUACCAGGAGUCCCUGCUGCUCAGUAACUUGGAUGACAGCUUUAAUGCUGAUGAAACAGGGGACAGCAGUGAUCCGGAACAAAUCUUCCAGAAUAUACAGUUCCAGAAAGAUCUCAUGGCAAAUAUUCGCUGCAGGCCCUGGACCAUGGGACAAAAGCUAAAGGCACUGAGACGAGCAAAGGAGAUUGUGCUGAAGUUUGAAGGGAGGCUAACCAGGACCCGAGGCUACCAAGCAGCAGGUGCAGAGCUCUGGCGGAAAUUUGCUCGCCUCGCCUGUAACUUUGUGGUCAUCUUCAUUCCCUGGGAAAUGAGGAUAAAGAAAAUUGAGAGUCAUUUUGGAUCAGGUGUGGCCUCCUAUUUCAUCUUCUUGAGAUGGUUAUUUGGAAUUAAUAUUGUGCUCACAAUAAUGACAGGUGCUUUUAUUGUCAUCCCAGAGCUGAUCGCAGGCCAGCCCUUUGGAAGCACAGCCAGCAAGAGCAUCCCCCAGGAGCAUGUUGCAUCUGCCCAAGACCUGGACACCGUCUGGUCCCUGGGGGGCUACCUCCAGUACUCAGUUCUCUUCUAUGGCUAUUAUGGCAGGGAGAGGAAGAUCGGGAGAGCAGGCUACCGGCUACCAUUGGCAUAUUUCCUGGUGGGGAUGGCAGUGUUUGCUUACAGCUUCAUCAUUCUUUUAAAAAAGAUGGCUAAGAACUCCCGCACAAGCCUUGCUAGUGCUUCCAAUGAAAACUACACCUUCUGCUGGCGGGUGUUUUGUGCCUGGGAUUACCUCAUCGGAAACCCAGAAGCUGCAGAGAGCAAAACCGCUGCAGUCGUGAACAGCAUCAGGGAGGCUAUCCUAGAAGAACAGGAAAAGAAGAAAAGCAAAAAUCUGGCAGUGACCAUCUGCCUCAGGAUCAUUGCCAACAUCCUGGUUCUUCUGUCACUGGCUGGGAGCAUUUAUCUCAUCUACUUUGUGGUGGACCGGUCCCAGAAGCUGGAGCAGUCAAAGAAAGAACUGACUCUUUGGGAAAAGAAUGAGGUGAGUGUGGUAGUCUCUCUUGUCACCAUGUUGGCACCAUCUGCCUUUGACCUCAUCGCCGCCUUGGAAAUGUACCACCCACGGACCACACUGCGCUUCCAGUUGGCAAGGGUCCUUGUGCUAUAUUUGGGAAAUCUCUACAGUUUGAUCAUUGCCCUGCUGGACAAAGUAAACAGCAUGAGCAUUGAGGAAACUACCACCAAAAAUAACACAAGUCAUUGGAUAGAUUCUGCCGUCUUCUUUGCCACCAGGACAGCCCCUGAAGAAGGGAAGUGGUCCACACCUUGGUCUGGAAUGGGAUUAAGGACAAACAGUACAUGGGUCUUGGAAGAGACCAGCAUUCCAACUUACACCACACCAGUCACUAAGGCCAACAAGACUACACUCCACACUCUGAGCUUGCAAGGCCAGUGCUGGGAAACAUAUGUUGGCCAGGAGAUGCUGAAGCUGUCCAUCAUUGACAUGCUCUUUACAGUGGCAAGCAUCCUGCUCAUAGACUUCUUUCGAGGACUUUUUGUUCGCUACUUAAGUGACUACUGGUGUUGGGACCUGGAAAGCAAGUUUCCUGAAUAUGGGGAAUUCAAAAUAGCUGAGAAUGUGUUACAUUUAGUCUACAACCAAGGAAUGAUUUGGAUGGGGGCCUUCUUCUCCCCAUGUCUCCCAGCAUUCAAUGUUCUCAAGCUCAUUGGGCUCAUGUACCUGAGGAGUUGGGCUGUGCUGACUUGUAACGUGCCCCACCAGCAAGUCUUCCGAGCCUCCAGAUCCAACAACUUCUAUUUGGCAAUGCUCCUGUUCAUGCUAUUCCUAUGUAUGCUGCCAACUAUUUUUGCUAUUGUCAGAUACAAGCCAUCUCUAAACUGUGGACCAUUCAGUGGACAAGAGAAAAUUUAUGACAUUGUGUCAGAAACAAUUGAGAAUGACUUCCCCAUGUGGUUUGGCUCCGUGGUUGGGUACAUCAGCAGCCCAAUAGUCAUCCUGCCAGCUGUGUUGCUUCUGUUCAUGCUCAUCUAUUACCUUCAGAGCAUCGCACGAUCAUUGAAGCUCAGCAACCAUCAGCUCAGAAUGCAGAUCCAAAAUGCAAGGUCUGAAGAUAAGAAAAAGGUUGCUCAAAUGGUGGAAGCUCGAAUCCAGACCAAGGAGGAAAGCACCAAGAGACUUCCGAAGGACAGCAAUCUCAUCAGUCAGCUGUCCUCAGCACACCUGGCAACACCCCAAAACAAUGGCAAUGUGGUCAGUUUUGACUCACUGAGUAACAAGAACAGCAAAAUAGAGACAAUCACCCAACCCAUGCUCCAGAGUCCUAGGAUGGGGCAAAGGGGUCCCUGCUCACCUCUUCCUGGCACUUCCCAGUUGAGGCCAGAGCACAAUACUAACAGGUAUCAACGUGGUCUGUGUGCAAGCACUGGUGACCUUCACAAGAACAGAUCCUGCACACCUGUGACAUUGACACGGCACAUCGAAGACAUUCGCUCAGAACCUCUUUUCAGGAAAGACUUUCAACAAAUCAACCCUUCUCUCUGUGGACCUGGGGUCUCUGCCGUGGUGGCAUAUGGUCACAGACGUCAUGCCCCCGGAUAUUAUAUCAUUAAUGAACGUGAUUCUCGCAAAAAAACAUGUCCAGCUUUCUAUCCAGAGAAACAUUUUAAAAUAGAUGCUUCAGGUGACAUUGUGGAAAUAUACCCCAGGAACACUCGACAGUACAUAUCCAGGGCCUCUCAUCAGCCUUCUCCACAGCUGAGUGAAGAAGAGGAGGAGAUGCUGAGGAGAGAGUUGGUCAAAGGUCCCUUCCCGCCUGGCUCACUGACAGACCUCCAUCAGGCUCCUCACUUUUAUAUUGGUGGAAGGUCAGAAAGUGAGGCUCUAGAUCAAGCACACCAGGGACGGAGGCACUACAGCUCUGAGAAUAAUGGUUUUGAGGGUCACCUUGACAGGCCUAUUCAUGUGCACAAAAAAACACGCUCCCGUCAUUUCCAAUACCCACAGCAUCUUCUGAAGCCCAGAGUCAAGCCCAAGUUCGAGCCAUCCUUCACAGAAUCUGAUUCUAUGUCAGCAGCAUCCAGUAGCGACCAGCAGAACAGCAAUGCUGACCAAUACCUACAAGUGAUCCACAGCCGGGGCAAGUUGCCAAGAUCUUCAGGCCAACUCGGCAGGAGAAAGGUCAAGUCCAGGCAGGCACUGACCACAGAUCUGAGCGAUCUAAUUUGUUCAAAUGUCUAG